AUGCUAGCUAAAAGGAUAGAUAAUAGGCCUUUUUUACUGUCCGUGUGUUAUUGUCCAUGCUGCCCACCUCCGCCACCUCCGCUACCUCCGCCACCGCCACCUCCGCCUCCUCCUUCACGUCCACCACUUCCACCAUCAAUAUCAUAUAUAUUGCCUUACCCAUAUCCGCCACCUCCACCAGAAGUACCAACAGCUUACGUAUGGCAAAGACCUGCAGUACCUGGUUAUGUUUUUGGUCCUCAAAGGCAUUGA